AUGGUCAGCUCCUGUUGUGGCUCUGUCUGCUCUGAGGAAGGCUGUGGCCAAGGCUGUUGCCAGCCCAGCUGCUGCCAGACCACCUGCUGCAGAACCACCUGCUGCCGCCCCAGCUGCUGUGUGUCCAGCUGCUGCAGACCCCACUGCUGCCAGUCUGUGUGCUGCCAGCCCACCUGCUGCCGCCCCAUCUGCUGUCGGCCCAGCUGCUGCAGACCCCAGUGCUGCCAGCCCUCCUGCUGCCGCCCCAGCUGCUGCAUCUCCAGCUGCUGUCAACCCUGUUGUGGUGGGUCCAGCUGCUGUGGCUCCAGCUGUUGUCGUCCCUGCUGCCGCCCCUGCUGCCGCCCCUUUUGCUGUCUGAGACCAGUCUGUGGUCAGGUCGGCUGCCAAACCACUUGCUACCGCCCCACCUGUGUCAUCUCCACCUGCCCCCGCCCCAUGUGCUGUGCUACCCCCUGCUGUUGA